AUAUGUUGUUGAAAUGAAAGGUUAUGUUAUUAAUGUUUUUAAACGAAGUAAUGUGAAGGGUACUAUAUUGUUUUCAUUUUUGUUUAUUUGGUGAAUAUGGACCGCAACAAAGGAAGUUCAAGUAACAGAGGGCCUAAAGGCAAAGUGACACAGCAACCUCCUGAUACGUUCAUUGCUCUUGGCGCAAAACCUUCCAGUUCUCGAGAUGUUGAUUCAAAACGUAGCACAUCUCUCUCAAAGCCAUCUUCGGCACAUCUUCAAUCAAGUAGUAGCAAAGUGAUACCUGAAAGGAAAAGAGAAGCAAGUUCCACAAAUUUACAACCAGCUACGUCUUCUAAAAAGAUUAAAACAAACAUUCCCGGACGCUCGCCCGCCUUGGGAACGUCACCAUCACCGCACACGACUAGCGAACGUGGCGGAAGCAAUGCAAUCGAACCUUGGGAGAGUCUAGCGCUAGAAUGUGAGGCAUCAGAUUUAUUCGACACUGUCGCCUCGCUGACUAAUGCAGGGAACACAGACAAGGCUGUUGGUUAUAUUUUAGGGGCGAUAAAAUCGCUCAGAGGUCAACGUUUCAAGCCAUGUAAAAUUUUGUAUAACAGUUUGCUAUUGAUUUGUCAGUGUAAACAAUCGUUGUUCACUAAUGAUAACAUUGUCAACGCAGUUGUAAGUUCAAUGCGUAGAGAAAUAGCGGCAGGGUUUAAGAGUCCUAAUAAGGGUAACAUGUAUACGCAAAUACUUCUGAUUAAUUUGAUGUUGCAUGCGUUUGAUGAUGUAUUGCAGUGGCCGGACGUUUUUGUUAAGUUGUACGUGGAAGACGCUUUAGGAGAUAGAACGUGGAUUGAUAAUCCCUAUUGUAAGCCGUUUGUCGAAAAUAUAGUUACUGCUUUUAACACAAAACAACCGCCAAAAGUGCUUUUUACUUCUGAGACUUGGUUGUCAACGGGAAGAGAUACUUCUAGUCCUCUUACUGUGAAUUCGCUGGAAGAAGAUGAAGUAUUCGGUGAUCACAAAGCACUCGUUGACAGUUGGAAAGUAAAGGUGUUUUCGAGGUAUUCUCAGUUACAAGAGAUGGUAGAAAAAAUAUCAUUGGAAGCAAUUCAGGAGCAAAUCGCUAGACGCCAACAACCUGAAGCGGUAACGAAGAACUUUGUUAAAUUUUUGAGCAUUGCGUGCGGCCUAGUUGAAAUUCGCAUGCUGGCCGUAUCGCGCCUGGAGAGUUGGCUGCACAACCAUAAACUUAUGAAGCCGGCGCAAGAAUUGCUUGCUUACGUGUGCUAUAAUUGCUCGGCAAGAACGCAAAGAGAUAUCGAAGUCGUUGCUCAGCUAAGCAAACUAAGACUCAAAAGUAAGCCCUUGGUGAAUAUCUUCAAUAAUUGUUUAAAAGAAAUGGUUCUCUGCUUUCCCGAAAAUCUAUACCCGCUGUUGAAGUACACUAUUUAUAAUGAGCUGUCGAAUGCAAGAAAUACAAACAACUUGGUAGUGGUGGGGGCUAUGUUUCAAGUUACUCCUGAAGCAAGUUCAGAUGCUUUUGCAGAUAUUUGCUUGGAGCUUCUACUGAACAAAGACGAUUAUCUUCGUUCGUUACGGGCGUUACUAAAGGAAAUCAACAGGGUACUGCGACAUGAUUUCAAUCUACUCAGUGUGGCGCACGCGCUAUUACGAGAACGGCCCGAAAUAACUAAUCUGGUUAGAGAGUUCGAGUUUAGAGAUCGCAUGUUCUUCGCAUUGGCCGAUCUCGUCUGCAUGUGUAUGUUACUGUGCGUAAGUCCGCAAGUACGUGACGCGGCCACCCAAAGCAAGAGAGACGUAAACGUUCUGCAAGCCUUCCAGUUGCAAGUCAGCAACAUACAGAGAGAGGCGGUCACGUGGCUGCACGAUUCCGCCGUGCGAGUAUUCCGACCUUCGCCUGCCGAUUUCUUACACGUUUUGCACAAGGUCAUAUUCUUGGCGCAACCGGACGAAUAUCACAAGGUCGAUUCGUGGCCCGGAGAAAACGAACGUAACCUAUUCUUACGACUCGCGAGCGAGGUGCCCAUUCUACAAGCGACGCUCUUGCGAAUUCUACUGAUCGGAUUGUCAAAGGAGCAUCCGAUGGGACAGAACGACGUAAUCGAAAUUUUGGAUCAGUUCGUUAAACGGGCGGCGAAUCUGGCGCCCGACUGUAUGCCACCUCUCGUAAUGGAUAAGAUCGAAAUUGUGGAUUUUUUCUUCAAUCUGUGCAGUUACAAUUAUCCGGAGAAUAUUAUUUUACCUACCGGCUAUCAUCCGCCGAAUCUAGCGAUAGCGUCCCUCUACUGGAAGGCCUGGCUUAUUUUACUUAUUCUUGCCGCGCACAAUCCGACGACUUUCGGUAGCUUGGCUUGGAAUAAGUACCCCACCUUACGGACCCUAAUGGAAAUGUGUAUAACUAAUCAUUUUUCAUUUCCUCCUCCAACAAUGACGAGUGGUGGAGAAAAUAUGGACGACUACGCCUCAAAAGAAUUGCAAAUAAACGCCCUGGAGAGGCAAAAAAUUCUCGAAUUUGAAACUCAUCUGGCGGCUGCAAGCACCAAAGUCGAAAUAACGGAGCAGACCAGCUUGCUCCUCUCUCAAUUGAUGGAAUUAAAACCUCAAGGAGAUGCGCGUAAACCUCCGCCUGCGGUACUCGAUCAAUUGCGAGUUUUGAAUACAACGCAUCGUUUGGGCCAUUUAUUGUGUCGGUCUCGAAAUCCCGAUUUUCUUCUCGAUAUAAUGUCAAGACAAGGUGGCACAGCGCAUAUGCCUUGGUUGGCGGAGCUUGUUCAUAACUCAGAGGGCGCAUUCGCACAUUUACCUGUUCAGUGUCUCUGCGAAUACUUACUAUCUACAAUGCCCACGGAAAAACUGACAAAGCACGGUCAGCUUCUCACCCAUUUAAGAUUGGUCGUUAACGGAGGUGACCCUCAGAAUGCGUGCGAGGUGCUCGAAUACCUACUCCGCCGUUUGACAUCGAUCCAUGCGGCGAGUCGAAUUCAAGCGAUCAAGGGUUUGACGCUAGUUUUGGCGCCGAAUGAAGACAUUGAAAUUGGCAAUGUUAACAUUGAUACUCAAUGGUUGACGCAGUUUAUGCCCAUUUUUCCGCAUUUAGCCGCUGUGCGUCCCAUCCUGGUUCAAUUCCUUCGACAGGCCCUGUUUGUAGAAACGAAUCCGACGCACGUCUCGAAUUACGUCAACUUUCUUUCAACGCAAGACUUAGACGAGUCCAUUCCUGAUUUGCUCGAGUUGGUUUUGGAUUUGGCGUCGAUUAUCGUCGAGCGAAGUUGCAUCACCAGUCACAUUCUACCCGGUGAGGAUAUGCAAACGUUACAAGCGUUAAUCACCGUCUUCUGCUUGUAUCUGCAAAGAGCGCGCCAACCGACCGAUGAAACUUUCCACUGGUCCGAAAGCCAAGAUCAGGUAGUCGUGACGUGGGCAAACGGCGAACAGUGCACUCUACAAAUUCUAAUCGUGCACGCUUCCAUCAUUCUGCUGACUUACGGCCCGCUUCCCAACUUUGAUUACUUCAAGGUACUGAUGAAUACUUGGUUCCCAUUAAACGAAGAACACCCGAAAGCGUAUUUGGUGGAUACAUCCGAAGAGGCGUUGCUGGUCCCCGAUUGGUUAAAAUUGCGAAUGAUUCGUUCCAACGUGCCUAAGCUGGUCGAUGCUGCCGUCGAAAAACUGGAAGCGCCGCAGCUAGUACUUUUUAUACAAUCUUUUGGAAUUCCAGUCGUGUCGAUCAGCAAACUGCUGCAAGCGUUAGACAAGGUUACGGUGCUGGAUGCUAAAUUGGUGGUUGAUUCUGUCUUGGAUAAAAAUUACAUGAUUCAGUUGGUCGAAGUGCAAAAUCGGAGAGGGGCUCGCGGUGGUGAAACCUUCGUUAGAUCUUUGGAGCUGCAAGCUCCCAAUUUACACGAUGACGGUGAAGGCGGCGUUGUGGGAUCUAAGAAAGUGUUACCGCCAAUACUUAAAGCUAGCAUGGAUUUUAAAACUGAAUGUGAUUUAAACUACAUCGGGAGUUAUCUCAGUAACAUAUUCACUCCGAAUUAUGCGGCUGACAAGAAAAUGAAAGAGUUUAAUUAUUUAAUUAAGGCGAUCCUGGCAAGCCCAAGUGCAAAAAAAUUGGUGCUUCGUUACUUAAAGGGAUCCUUACCCGAUUUCUUGUAUAACUUUAUAAAAACUAGCAGAUUUUCAAUACCGCUUUGCAAAAUACUUUUUGUGUCAAAAGAUGUUAAUGAUUUAAGCAUCGCCACAGCUAACGUGCUGCUGGCCAGCAUUUCUGAUGUAAGUCAUCCAUUAUCAGAUGUGCUGCGGCAAUACCUCGAAGUGUGCGGGUCAUUGACGAAAGUUCCCUAUAAGGAGAAACUUCAUCGACUAACUCCCAAGAUGUCGGAGUUCUUGAACGAUUCUAAUGUGGAAAAUUAUGGUGAAAUGCUGGGAAAGCUGUUGAUGGCGCAAGAUUUGGAAGUGGAGAAGACCGGUUUGAUCGUAGAUUGGUUAUGUUUGGUCGAGCUGGAAGUCUUAAGUUCUGAUCAUUCUAAUGUGCAGAUUGAUUUGCUAUUUUCAAAGCAAGAAUUGCCUUUUCGGCCGCUACUGAUUUCAUUGCUUUUGCAAAGAGCCAGUUGGAAAACACUUUACGGGCUUGUGAACCACUUAUUGGGAAGCCCAAAUGGAAGAUAUAGUCCCGUUUCUACACUUGAUUUUUUAACAGCGUUAACAGAAAGUCCAAAAUUAUGGCAGGGGCGCGAUAAAGCAAUUCCCAAACAUUUCCAUUCCGAGGAUGUUUUACAUCUCAGUGUAGAUCAAGUGAAAGUGUUUGUAAACUACAUCAUAGAAGAAGCCCAUCUUCAUAACGACAAUUGGGAAAAGCGCAUGGAAUCGCGUUUGCCAUUACUCCUAAAUUCAAUCACUUCCGUUUCCACUGAGCCUUUAGUCAAAAUGCUACUUGAAAGGUCUCAAUCGGAUGUAAAGUGCAGAGAGCUUCUCCUUUUGGUCUACAUGUCUAUGCCCUCGAUAGGAAAGUACUUACUCACUUUCAACAAACAGCAGUUCGCCCAGACGCUCUUCUCCAAAAAUUCAACCAGUAGCGUUGAUGUUAUCUCGCACACUUUACUUAGCGCACUAACUGCAACAUCGCGAAGCAAAGAUUGGCCUAGAAAAAGUCAAGAGUUGGAUUUAUGCGCUCGCAAGUUGGCUGCGGCCCAUCCGGAGCUUGUCUUGAGGCAAUUGCCAAUGCUCGCCGGUAGCCUGCGAGGGCGGGCGCAAUAUGAAUUCCCGGUUUUAAAAAGUCGAGGUCAUUUACUGCUAUUCGGACAAAUAUUAGGAAUCUUGGAGUUGCUGCAACCUAUAGUAUUUGAGCAAAAGGAAUCGUUAUGUUCCAUUUUGGAUUCCUUCUUUCUUCUGCUACAGUAUCAUGGGCACCUUAAGGAUAUUACCUUCAUUUUAAAUCGCGUUAUUACGCUUCUACAGAAUUGGAUGACUAAAGACGUUAAAUCGGCUUUGAAGUACCUACAGCGCCAUGGGCAGUUGUUAAACGAACUGCAACUGUCACAACCGAGUGUGAGACCUCUUCUGUCCAGCGUAUCCCUCCCCGUGCAAGAUCAAAGUGCUCCUACAGAACUACUCGUUGGUACAGCCACACCACCAGUUCCAGAACCGCUGCCUCAACAAUGGCCAGUACUGCUCACCUCGCUACAGUCUCAAGACGUCCUGCCAGGUCUGCAAGAACUUGACCAUCUCACCAGUAAAAAACCACAGCUAUUGCAGCAUGUGUCUCAGCAUUUGUACAACUGUUUGGACAAUAGCAGCAGCAGUGUUAGAUCGCUGGCGCUUUUGCUCGUGAUACGAUUACUGAGGUACAAUCCGAAAGAAAGUGAAAACGCGCUUCCGACUGUGUUGAUGUGUUUAAGUAAUAAAAACCCAGAAGUGAUCGCGACUAUUUUAGAUAGACUUCCGGAAUUAGUGUGUACAAUGCAGGAGCAUGCCAGUGUCAUUUUAAAUCAAACGUUUAAAUUAGCGGCGCGUUCAAAUUUAAAUGCUGUAACGGGCAUUACGAAAAGUAUUGCAUUACUAAGUUUGCAAUUUGGAUGUUAAAUCAAAUCGAUUCCUUACUGUAGUAAACGUAAUUACGUGAUA